GUCAAUACAGUUAUAAGCUUUUCGUAGGGGUGAGCAGAAGACAAAACGAGCUGUAAUUUGUCACAUUGCACCGUUUCAGCUCCUGUCAGACCUUAUGGCUUCCAGUUCCAGUAUAGACAUAGAAGGCGCGACUCAGCACCUCAGAGACAUCUUAAAAUUGGACCGACCCGCGAACUCCACCGACAGCACUGCAGGUGAGAGCCAGCGGAAGACCUCGUGUAAUGGAGAGCUAAACGGCCUGCUGGGAACUGACCUGAUUGGAGCAGGAGUUCGAAGUGCCGUGAUGGAACCAACAACUCACAGCUCUGACAACAUGAAUAUGGCAGAUACUCAGACAAUUUCGCUGACUGGUGACGAUGGCUCGACCUGCAUUCCCAUCACUGCUAGCAAUGUGGUAAUCGUUGCCAGUCGAGACUCGAGUAUUGACAGUAAAGCUCGUGGAAGUAACAAGGUGAAAAUCCAGCCAAUGGCAAAAUAUGACUGGGAGCACAAAUAUUACUAUGGCAACCUAAUAGCAGUGUCUAAUGCGUACUUGGCGUAUGCCAUUAGAGGUGCCAAUAAUCACUAUAUGAUCCGGGUCCUGCGGUUGGGCUCGACAGAGCGCACGCUGCUGAAGGGUUUCACCGGUGCCGUCACAGACCUGGCCUUCGCCCAUCUUGACUCCACCCUCCUGGGCUGCGUGGAUGAAGCCGGCAACAUGUUCAUCUGGCAGCUCACCAGCGACAACAGCAAAAUACAAGAUGAAGUGGUUGUUCAUAUCCGGAGACCCGAAGACACGCCGCUGAACUCCAGCCGCAGGCUUAUCUGGUGCCCCUUCAUUCCCGAGGACAAUGAGGAGAACCCAGAGGACAGCUGCCAGACGCUGGCAUUGCUACAUGAAGAUAGAGCUGAGGUUUGGGACCUUGACAUCCUGCGCUCUAGCAACACCACAUGGCCUGUGGAGGCCACAGAGAUUAAAGAGGGCUUCAUCACCAUUAAAGGGCACACGGCGCGUAUCAGCGAGGGAGCUCUGUCUCCAGAUGGCACCGUCCUCGCCACAGCCAGUCACGACGGCUAUGUCAAAUUCUGGCAGAUCUACAUUGAAGGACAGGACCAACCAAGAUGUCUUCAUGAGUGGCAGCCACAUAACGGAAGGCCUCUCUCCUGCCUCCUUUUCUGUGACAACCAUAAGAGGCAGGACCCGGAAGUGCCUUUCUGGCGAUUCUUAAUCACAGGAGCAGAUCAGAACCAGGAGCUGAAGAUGUGGUGCACGGUCUCGUGGACCUGUCUACAGACGAUCAAGUUUAGUCCGGACCCGGCAAACUCGAAUGUCCUACCCAGUCUGAAAGCCAGUCUGGACCUGUCUGCCGAGUGCCUCAUCUUAACAGAUGUGCAGAGAAAGGUCCUGUAUGUGAUGGAGCUCCUUCAAGAUCAGGAGAAAGGCCAUGCUAGCUUUAUGGCAGUCUCUGAGUUCUUGCUCACUCACCCUGUUCUGAGCUUUGGCGUCCAGGAUGUCAGUCACGCUCGCUUGCGCCACACUGAAGUCCUCCCUCCAGACGAAGAGAGCGAAAGCAUGACCACAGAGGGAAGCCAGGGACCUUUGGAGUCGAAAUCUGGAAUCCAGAUCAAGCUUUACUGUGUGCAUACAAAGUCCCUUCAGGAUGUACAGAUCUGGUUCCAGCCCAACCAGGGUGCUGCAGCCUCCCUGUUUUUGCCUACAUGCUCUGGCUCCCAGGACGGCUUUGGCUUUGCGGACCCUUUGACCGAUUUGAGCAUGGACGUGUUGAGCUCCGAUAAGGAAUCUGGCGCAAGUGGUUCGCAGACUGACUUGUGUAAAAUCCCCUCUCUCCCAGCUCCAGCUGACUUCCUGAGCACCUCCGGCUCAACCAUGCCCAAACUUAUGACCCCAGAUGCCUUCAUGACACCCAGCACAUCUGUACCCGCCUCCCCUGGCAGCAGUGUUAGCAGUUUGACUAUAGUAACAGCCAUGAGCAGCUCAGACAGUGGUCCAAGGGCUACAGAGGACCUCGCCCAGAGCCCCAAGCUGUCUACGGAUGCAGCCAGCAGCAGCUUGAACCUCGGUACUAACAGUAGCAGCCCAAGGGCCAACUCGCUCCUCAUUUCAGGCCUGGCUGAAAAUAUCCAGGUGCUGCCCUCUUCAAAUCCCUCCAUGUCUCGGGACCUCCAGGCCAUGGAACCUGUGCUUCUGCCCCAGGCAUCCCCCACGAGAGCUCGCUCCCCUGAUGUAAUCUCGUCAGCCUCCACAGCCAUGUCGCAAGACAUCAUCCCUGAGAUUGCCUCCGAGACAUUGCCAAGGGGCUUGGCUGAGGCACGCGACCCCCUCCAAGGCCUUCAGGACAGCAUGGCCUCCGCGGCCUCCGCGCUGCACCUGCUUUCACCGCUGGAUCUGAGUGGAGGAACAUCCGGUGACGGCGAGCAAAGGCUUAGCAGCACGCCUUCUUUAUUGGAGACGGCGCUGUCACAGGAGAACGCCGUUAACGUGGUUGCGUCAUCUUGCUCUGAAAGCGGUGCCAGCCGUAGCUGGCCUGCAGCACCCGAUAUCACACGCGAAACAAGGAACAGCCUGCGAGAUAACGGCCUGGGAGAAUGCUCUAGAGAGGACUUGAAGGACAUGCACAUGUCAUCCCCCUUCCACAGACGCACCUACCACCUCACGCAGAACGAUAGCCAGGAUGCCAGUGCAGAGCAGAGCGAUCAUGAUGAUGAGGUGGCCAGUCUGGCAUCAUCUUCAGGAAACUGUGGCUCUCGAGCCUCUCACAGGCUGCCAGUGAAGGACUGGAAGACCUCUCCUCGUGGCUCACCCAAACUCAAGCGCAAGAGCAAGAAAGACGACGGUGAUUCAUCACAGUCCAGACAUGUGGAUAAUCAGAUGAGCAUGGAGGUACAGGAGGAGCUGCUGUUGCUGCUUAGGAACCAACAGAGGGAGCUGGAUGAGCUGCGGCAGAGCCAGCAGGAGCUGUUACAGAGGCUCACAGGCCACAUGGAUGCUGUCCAGAGCUCCAUAAUGGCCCACGUAGAGCACGUCCUGCUCACGCAACAAGAACAGGGACAAAGAACAAUGGAGCGGCUGUUGGCAGAGGGACACGCGUGUAACCAGCAGCUUCAGGAGCACAUGGCACAGCAGCUGGCUCACACCUUGAGCACCACUGUCUCAAAUCGCCUGGACAAAGUGUUGCGCGAGGAGAUGAAGAAAUCAGUUCCGCAGACCGUAACGAAGAGUCUGGAACCCUUGACUGGACAGAUGAGUAACGUUAUUGCAGCAAAGCUUACUGCAGUGGAAGCCACAUUAAAGGAGAAUGUCACCAAAGUUGUUAAGUCUAAGAACACUACCGAUGCCAUCGGGCGAGCCGCAGCCGAAGCCAUGCAGGGGCCUAUACAGGCGGCUUACAAAGACGCCUUCCAAAGCAUUGUUCUCCCCGUGUUUGAGCGUGGCUGUCAGUCCAUGUUUCAGCAGAUAAAUGACAGCUUUAAACAAGGAACCAAUGAGUACAUUCAGCAGCUGGAGACGCAUGUCAAGAACAGGAAGCAGCGUGAGCAAGAUGCUCGGGACCCUGUAAUUGGUCAGCUGCAGCAGAUGAUUGAUGCAUUGCAGACUUCCCAAGACCAGCUGGCCACCACAGUAACAGCCAGCGUGCGCGCUGAGGUUCAGCACCAACUCCACAUGAUUGUCGGAAAUCUGCAGGAUUCGAUCCUGAGCCAGGUACAGCGCAUCGUGAAGGGUGAGGUGAGCCAGGCCAUGAAGGAGCAGCAGGCGGUCGUCACAUCCAGUAUCAUGCAGGCCAUGCGCUCAGCGGCCAGCACACCCGUCCCCACAGCCCACCUCGACUUCCAGGCGCAGCAGGCCAGCAUCCUGCAGCUGCUGCAACAGGGCCAACUCAACGAGGCUUUCCAGCAGGCCUUGUCUGCAGCUGACCUGAACCUCGUGCUGUACGUGUGCGAGACGGUCGACUCUCAGCAGGUGUUUGGCCAGAGCCCCUGCCCCUUACACCAGGCCGUGCUGCUCUCUCUCAUCCAGCAGCUCUCCACCAACCUGGUUACACGCACCGACCUCAAGAUCAGCUAUCUGGAGGACGCAGUGAUGAACCUCGAUCAUGGUGACCCGGUCACCAGGGACCACAUGAGUGCUGUGCUGUCACAAGUACGUCAGAAGUUGUUCCAGUUCCUGCAGCAGGACCCUCACAGCUCCCUGAGCAAGCGUGCCCGCCGCCUCCUGAUGAUGCUGCAGGGUCUUGUUAACCACUAACGCACUCCCUGUCUGCUCUUCACUCGCCCGUCUGCAAUCUUAUCGACUUUCACGCGCUCCUACUAUUACUCCCUCGCCUCGCCUCGCCUGUACAACUCACCUAUGCUUCGCUCAGUAGCACAAAUGAUCCUCAGCAGGUUGUGUGAUGGGAGUUGUAGUCCACACAGACGCACUGUAACUUGCUUUACGACAGCACUACAUUUCCCCGUCAAGCAAUCUGAGAUAUAGUAGAUGUAGUGUGCGACAUUCUUGAGCCAUUUUUGCUGUUUGGUCUUUUGUUGUUUCUAAUAAUAAGGAAUAGUCUGGACUGCUUUGUGCCAAGACGAAGGAUUUUUUUUUUUUUUUUUUGGGUGUGCGCGAUCAUCCUCGCAGUGAGACUCUGCUCCUGAUUUUGAGUUAAAGAACUCAUAAUUUCAUAAUCAGUAAAGAAUGCUACUUUUCAGGAGAAGCUACCAUAUCUGAAUAUACCCAACAUUGAUCUUCUGGAGUCCUAACUCGUGCAGCCCACGCAUCGUGCAUCUGAUUAGUCUACAAAUGGUUUCUGAAAACUCGUAUCCAUCACAUUAAAGGACGUUCUAUGCCAAAAAGAAGUGCUGAGUUUAUGUACGUUUAGGUAUAAGCUCUCGGUUGUUAAAAUGAGAGGAGUUUGACUUUAUAAAAGUGUAGUGCUCCUGCUGGCUCUCCAGGGGGCAGGAGUUUAUAUGACUUCCAUCUGCAUUUAUAUCUGUCUGUCUGUUUAUUUGCUAGUUGUUCCUGCCCCGCCCCACCCCGAGCACUGUUGAGAAGCACCUUGCUUCGAUCUCAGACUUGGUUCUGCUCACUUUUGCUUGACUGUUGUUGGGCAAACUGGCUGAAACCAGAAGCUUGGUUUAGGUCUGCUCAGUUUGAAACAAACAAACAAACAAAAAAUGCUAAAACUGGAAAAAAAGGUAAAACUGCAGUGACGGUGCAGGAAUUUAUUUGAUCAUGUUCUCAUUAGAGCAAGGACACAAUGACAGAAAGUGCCUUAUUAGAAAUGAGUAAUCUGUUACUGGAUCCCAGAUGGAUCAUUGAGCUUUGUGUGAGCUCAAUGUCUGCUCCUUAAACUUUUUUUUUUUUUUUUUUAGCUGUUGGGGAGGGAUAGAAAUGCAUCUGGGCAGCCAGAUGGGUUACAGAAUUAUUUUGUUAAUAGUACUCUUUCCAAAAAAAAAAAAAGGGUAGUAGUUGGGUUUCCCCCCAUCUGAAACACAUUUUAUGUGACCGUUGUGUAAAAGAAACAUUCGAAUUAGAUGACCAUAGUUAGGGCACGUUUAUGACCACACGGCAGACUGUAGACCUUUUUCCUUUUUUGAUUUGCAUGUCGCAGCGCUUUUUUUUUUUUUUUAAUUAAAUAUGCCAUUCAGGUCCCUCGUUAUUGUUAUUACUUGUACUCUAUAAGUGCUUAAAUCGCCUUAGUUAACUGCUGUUUUGUUAAAGCAUUGGGGAGUAACUAAUAGGGCUAUGCUAAGGUGAGAAUGCUUGCAUGCUGCUGAGAUAAGCUGCGUGUAUAUUCAGUGCAAAAUGCCACACGCUCGUCAAUUCCCAUUAGUGUUGGAUGUCCGAUAAGCACCCGAAGACCUGCGUUUAUCUCGUUUUACUCCCCUUAAAUUCAUUAAUACGUGUAGCUCUUUUACCUUUUUUUCAUUUCUUAAACAGGUGCUCUUUUUUUUUUUUCCUGUGUAUGUUUUCAGCUGCAACUAAAAUUAACCUUCAUCUUGUACCACAGUUUUAGGCAGGUGAAUGCAGUGUAAAAAUAAUCAUAGUUUUGAUGUUCUUGAGUACUGUUUGAGUUGGGUUAUGCAUCAGAAUCGUACAGACACGAAUGUCAGAACCUUGCACAUAAAUUCUCUGUUAAACAACUCGGGGUUUUUUUUUUUUUUUUUACCCCCCAAGUUUGCAUUUAAGAUCUAGCUCUUUGUUUUUUCAUUUAUGACAAGUAUGGGUGAAUCGUUUGUUUGUUUGUUUGUUUGUUUUUCCCCUUCCAUUGUUCUGGAUUUUGUUCCUUGUGGUUGAUUUAUGUUGUAUAUUUUACACCUCUUCCU